AUGAAGUGGCUGGUUCUCAUCGUGUGUCUGGGUCAUCUCUCUGUCGGAGCCAAAGCUCGGGACAGUGAUGACGCGAGGAUCGUGGCCAAGAGGUCGACCAAGACAGCCAUCAUCCUCACCACCUCCACCACCAUCCGGCCCUACACCUGCGCCCUUACCGUCAACGCACCUGUCUGUCAGCGUCGCCGGUUCAAGCGUUACACUCCCAUUGAGGAUGAGCGGAUUAUAGCAAAUGAGGCGGCGCAGCUGGAGGGGUCGCUGGCUGAGUACGAGAAGGGCGCCAACACAGACUUUAGGGAGCCUCGCAUCGCCCUCACCUUCAUCUCCACCACCUCCAGCACCUACACCGUCACCGUCACCUCCACCAACACAGCCAUCACCUUCUCCCUCUCUUACUACUGUACCGUCAACGGCGCCAGUUAUCCCCCGAGGUGUGGCUAAACUCUGAACUCCGAUAUUCGCCACAGGGAUAGGAGGAAGGAUAGUCCCAGCUUGCGGAUAGUCAUCAAAGAACACCUAUCACUCCCGAUUCUCUCACUUCAGCCGUAUACUGCUCACUUAUUUCACAGGAAUAAUUUAUAACCAGAACUCAGUUUUACUCAUUUGAACAGUUUAAAAAAAAAAGUUAUCAGCAUGAGUUUAAGUGUUACAAAACGUUUAUAUGCGUUGAUAGCAGCCUAAGCGUUAAACAUGAUAUUAAACAUUUUAUCAACGUGUUCACAUUUUGUUCAAUCAUGUAUAAGUAAUCCAGGAAAGCAUUAAAUAAUAAUGAAUGUAGGUGCUGACGCGUACAUGCUGGGCGGUCCAUUGUCCUUAAUG